GCUGAUCGGAGUGUUCUGACGAGUUCGUCAUCCCGUGUCGUCCUUCGCCAUGUUCAAACAACUAUUCUUCUUCGUUUUGUGCACCCUCGCCUGUUCCAGCAGGGUUGAUUACACAGGGCAUAAAGUUCUAACAGUUUCUCCCUCUACGAAAGAGCACAUAUCUUUCUUGGAAAAUCUACGCUCCGACUAUGGGGUGGACCUGUGGAACGAGCCAAAGGGAUUGGACGUGCCUGUUAUGAUCCAUCUGAAACCGGAACUGAUACACGCCGUAGAACAUGAAAUGAGAGAGAGAGGAAUAUCCUAUAAUGUGGCUUUCGACGAUCUUGAAAGAGUUAUCCAAGCAGAAAGGAUUCAAAACGGACCUUCUGAUGCCUCGAGUGGAUUCGACUUCAGUCGAUACAACGAAUACGACAAAAUCGUCAACUUAUUAAAGGAUCUCUCGACGGAAUAUCCGACUCUGGCCAAAUUGGUAACCGCUGGAAAUAGUUUUGAGAAUAGACCCAUUUACAAUCUAAAAAUCAGCUCUGGAGACGGAAGCAGCAAACCAGCUGUUGCAAUCGAAUGUGGCAUACACGCUCGAGAAUGGUCAUCGGUUGCCGCCUGCGCCUACUUCGUGAAUCGGCUUUUGAGUACCUAUAAUUCAGAUCCGACGGUGAAAGGUUUGGUAGAUAAGUACGAGUUCAACGUCAUCGUGGAGUCGAAUCCUGAUGGAUAUGUUUAUACAUGGGAACACGACCGUAUGUGGCGCAAGACUCGUUCCAAAAGCAGUGCUGAUUGGCUUGGAGUGUGCCGUGGGACGGAUGCCAAUAGGAACUUCGAUGUCGAACAUUGUGGAGUGGGAACCAGCAGAAAACCUUGUGAAGAGAUCUACUGCGGUGACAGGCCCUUCUCUGAGAGCGAAGCACGUGCCAUACGGGAUCUUAUGAUUGCUUUAAAAAGCAGGAUCGCUGCCUACUUUUCAAUUCAUGCAUUUUUCCCAACUCUGGAUGACAACCCUAUGGCACCACUAAACAACUACCCUCCCAAUUAUAGUGAACUGCAACGCAUCGGAAACGCUGGAGCGACCGCUUUGGCCAAGAAAUACGGAACUCGAUACAGAGUGGGAUCCAUAGCCAAUAUCAUCUAUGAGGCUGCUGGCUCAUCAGUGGAUUACGCCUACAUUAAGCAAGAUAUAAAAAUUGCCUAUGCUUUGGAACUCCGUGACACAGGGCGUUACGGAUUCUUCUUGCCCCAGAAUCAAAUCCUUCCCACAUGUGAGGAGACCUUCGAAGGCUUACAGGCUGCCAUUCUUGCUCUUUAAUUUCGUGUACAAAUGUCGAAUAAAUAAUUGUGUGAAA